UGUUAUACAUUGCAUGGUGCAAGAUACAUUGUUUACCAUUAAUAAUAUUGAGUUGUUUUACUAUUAUGAGAUGUUAUUCGGAUAAUGAUUUUGAAAUUUCAAUUAGUCAUAUACAAAUGGUUGAAAGAUGUUGUAUAUGUCAGGAGCACUCCUCAUCUUUUACCAUAGUGGAGAAAUCAUACAUUGGGACACCACCUAUUUCAAUAAGUGAUUUACUGCUACAAUGUUUUGAUUCACUGGAUAAAGUACGCCUAGUACUUGGCGAGCAGCCUUCAAAUAACUUCAUAUGUGACUCUUGUGAAAAGCUCCUUGUUGAGUUUUAUGACGCCAUGAAAACUGUUACGAUUCAACGUAAUAAGUUCCUUGAUCGAGUUAAGGAUAAAAAUAAAGCAACAGAUGAAUUAGAAUAUUUUGUAAUUAUUGAAUCAACGAAAAACGAUGCAAUUUCGCCUCAUCCAACUACUAACGGUGUGAUGGAUCAUGAGCCAAAUUUAUAUCCUUCAGAAGAAAAGUUUGUUAAAAUUAUUGAUUCAGAUGAUGAACAUUUGACCCUAAAUACCUCAGAAGACGAAUUUGUUAAAGUUAACCAGCCAGCCGAAGAAUUUAAAGAUGAAUGGUCCUCAGAUUGUUCAAUCAACUCAGACGCGCAAGAAAACCCAAGACAAAUGAGAGAAGCCUUGAUAACUAUUGAACGUAUGCCAAAAACAAAGCUUAGAUUUUGUUGGCGCUGUCAUAAAAACUUUCCAUCGGAUGAUGCUUUUGAAACUCAUUUAAAAGUGGCUCACACGAAAAGUAAAAAAACUGUUUACUCGUGCCACCAAUGUCAAAAAAGUUUUAUAUCUGAAGACGAACAUAAUACACAUAUGUCCAAAUUUCACUUUACUGUUCAGUUACGUUGCGAAAUUUGUGGAGCUUUGUUUGACUCAUCCGUACUUUUGAACUCACAUAAAAUAGCCCACAAACAGUUCAAGUGUUCCAUGUGUUCAAAAAUGAUGUUAACUCAAAGAAUGCUACAACGUCAUAUGAUGGUACAUCAUAUGGACAAAAAACACCAAUGUUCAGUAUGCGGUAACAAAUAUAUAUCAAAGACGUUUCUUCAAAAGCACAUGUUGGUCCAUAAAGAUUCUCGAAACUUCGUAUGUCAGGUUUGCGACUUUAAAUUUAGGACUGCCUGGAAUUUAAAACGCCAUCAAAAGCUACAUUGCCUUGGCGAUAUAAGCCAGAAGCUUGGAAAUAUUAGAGCGCAUACUUAAGCGGCAGAAAUCUGUCGAGUUCACAGUCCUUGGCCAAAUAAAAAUCCAGGUCCGUUCCGGUUACGUAGACCGUAGACGACUGUCGUGGGAACGGUACUGUUAGUAGGUGUUGUACUGUGGUAGCAGCUAGCUAUCAGGAAGAAGAAUAUUGAAAGAUUCUCUCACAUAGAGCAAAAUAACAAAAGUAAAGAAACGAAAACCAGCAGGAAAACUUGAUUCAGGUUGCAGCUGUUUUGUGUUACGGAUAGAGGAGGUCCUCCAGAUUAAGAAAAUAUAUACAUAUAGUUGCCGCUGACUUAUGCUUUUUGAGAUAUUUGCAUUCAAAGUUCAAAAAUGCAACUAUUUAAAAUGCGUGUUUCUCCCAUUUAUAAUGAAUUUUAUAGUUAUAUUUUUAACUUUUAUAUCCACUAACACUUCACUAAUUCGUUUCUAAUCAUUUAUUUUAUAAUAAAUAGUGCAAAAAUAACUUUUAUUCAACAUUUAACUUUUGUUCAAUUAUUUUUGUUCACACAAAAACAAAAGGCUUGGAUUAUAACUAAUAAUCAGUGCUACCUUACGUUCAUAUUUUACAGAAGAACCGAAAGAAAUAAAGAAAAUAAAUAAUACCCCAAUGACAGGGAAUAUAUAACACAUUAGUUUUCCGCAUAUAAUUCCUUUUUGCAUUGGCGGCCUUCGGCCGCGCUUCAAAAAAAUAACCCUCGGUCGGACCAACACCUGGGCGUGCUCAGUUCUUUUACGUUGAACUCCUUUUUGCGUUGGCGGCCUUUGGCCGCGCUUCAAAAAAAUAACCCUCGGUCGUACCAACACCUGGGCUUGCUCAGUUCGUUUGCGUUGAACUUCUUUUUGAUUAAAAAAUAAUAAUUUAUUUAUUUAUCAAGAUAAUGAAAAUUCUGAAAGGUUUUACAUUACUCAUCACACGAUAAUGAAUUUAGUUAUGACGUCAUAAUCUUUCUUUUUUCUAAUUUAUAUUCCAUUACAACAUAUGGUUUCACUAAUUUUUUGCUUGUUUACAACUAUUUUCUUAUUUUAUGAAUAAAUGUAUUUUAACUAAAGUUUUUGAUAUGGAAUUAAAGUUAUUUUUGCACUAUUUAUUAUAAAAUAAAUCAUUAGAAACGAAUUAGUGAAGUGUUAGUGGAUAUAAAAGUUAAAAAUAUAAGUGUAAAAUGCAAUAUAAAUCGGAGAAACACGCAUUUUAAAUAGUUCAUUUUUUGAACUUUAAAUGCAAAUAUCUCAAAAACCAUAAGUCAGCGGCCUCUAUAUAUGUAUAUAUUCUUGAUCUGGAGGACCUCUCCUAUCCGUACAUACCCAUUUUAACCCCGAAAUCGCGGGAUGCUAUUCUAAAUCGCAGCCUUUUUUCUGUUUUUGCUAUUUCCUGUCAUAAUAAAAUUAAUUGAUACAAAAAAUUUAAUAAUAAUAUUUUAUUCAGAAACAAAAAUUUUGACAAAAUAGCAAAAAACACAAAAAAAAACAACAACCUCUGCUCUUAUAUCGCUCUCAAUUUUUUGCUACCGCUACAGCUACGUAGAGCACCGCACUUCAUUCUUGGUAAUUGCUACCAUGGAUAAUAUGAUACGAGACUCUUUGAUUCGAGAGAGAGCUGUCAAAACUCGCAUUUUUUAUAACAUUUGCCAAUGAUGUCACAGCUGAAAAAUAUUAGAUUGGAUAUUUAAUAAAUUAUACAAAACACUAAAUUAAACACUUUGAAAAUGCAUACAUAUAUAAAUGCUAAAAUGCUAAAAUGCAAAAUCAUUAAUUAAUUUACAUAAACAUUUAUUUUGCCAAAAUAUGUUCGCACAGCUCAAUGAAAUUUAAUUUCACACUAAUUUCGUCAAGUAAUUAUGGCGGUUUACUUCUGGCAUCCCACCUUUUCUGAAGUCAGCUGAUCGAAAUUCCCUGAUCUCCGUCGCUGUCAAAUAAUCAGGGAACGCGUUUGAGAGAAAAAUGAGAGCCAAUGGGAGAGUCUCGUAUCAUAUUAUCCGUGUUGCUACUGCUGUAGUUUUUCACUUGACAAAAAUCAAAACAGAGCACAUACUUUUUCGUUCUUCUGCUAUGAUUCUGCUACGGCUCCCGUCAAAGUGAGCGGUAGCAAUAGCAUAGCAAUAAUGUACUGAACACAUAGAGAGCGACAGACCUCAAGCGGCAUCUGUCCAAUAUCAAAAUACACACAUUUAGACAGCCGCACGACUACAUAACUGUGUCCAUAAGAUCGUGUGUAUUUUAAUAUUUGACAGAUGGUGCAUGAAGUCUGUCGUUGUCUUGCGCUACUUUUGGAAAGCGACAGACUUCAAGCGACAUUUCUCAAAUAUUAAAGUACACUCGAUCUUAUGGACACAGUUAUAUAGACAGCUGCACGACUACACGUCAGCAGGCUCUCAGUUGUCGCUCUCGCUAAUUAAAAAAUAUUUCUAAAUUUGCUAACGACAGUAGAGAGGAGAGAAUGUCACUAAUACAUAUGUAAAUUUAUUCAAAGCUCUAACAAACCUGACGUUAUUUUACAAAGAGAAGCAUAAAAUAGCUCUGUUAUAUCAUUUGUAAUAAGAAUUGAUAAUUUAAAACAAAUAAACUCGCAUAUUUACUUA